AUGUCGCAGCAGAAGCAAAAAUCGCAGGACUCCAAUCCGACCGCCAGGUGGCGCCUUGAAGGACACCAUAGAUCUGCAAUAGCCUGUUUCUUCGGUGAACUUGUGGCCACGGCGAUGUUUGUUUUUGUGGCCUGCAUGGGCUGUGUGGACAGUCCUGCCUUCCCCAACACCCACUUUCGAAGUGGCCUUACCUUCGGCUUGGCCAUCCUGAUUGCCAUCCAGUGCUUUGGUUCGGUUUCGGGAGCCCACUUGAAUCCUGCCAUCACUUUGGCCGCCUUUCUCUAUGGCGUUAUUGGUUGGGCCAAGGCCAUCGCAUAUUUUGUGGCCCAAGUGGCGGGAGCCUUGAUUGGUUACGGAUUGCUGGUGGCUGUUUUGCCGGAAGAUGACAUCAAGGGCGUGGACAAUCCUGCGGGAGUUUGUGUCACUGUUUUGGCGCCGGAAAUCAGUGAACUUCAAGGCGUUUUCAUCGAGUUUUUAAUCACUCUCUGUUUGGUCACGGUGGCCUGUGCAGUUUGGGAUCCUCGAAAUGCGAAGCUGCAGGAUUCGGUGGCCAUAAGGUUUGGUUUAACUGUUUCCUGUCUGAUCAUCACAGCGGGUUUAUUUACCGGCGCUAGCAUGAAUCCAACGAGAUCUUUGGGUCCCGCUGUUUGGAACAACUCCUGGGCGCAUCAUUGGAUUUACUGGGUGGGUCCUUUGGUGGCAGGAGCCGUGUCCUCGCUGAUCUACAGGAUGGCUUUCAAGGGCGAUGAGGAGAUCGAUCUGAGAAGCUCCGAUGCCAAAAUCCGCAUGAUCGGAGAGGUUAUAGUGCAAUAA